CUCUCUGCUCUCUCUGGAGCGUGUUGAGAAGAGUGUGGCGAGGGGCGGUGGUGAGAGAGAGAGAGAGAGAGACACGCAGGGGUGGGGUGAGGUGAGCGCCAGGCCGGAUACUCACCUACAGACAGACAGACAGACGUGCCAGGCACACAGGCUGGCUGAUAGGCUCCUCCAGAGACCUGCUGUAUAGGGCCACAGAGUAAACUGCUACCAGAGAAGCAGAGCUGGACUGAGCUGGGGACUCUGCGGGCUCCAUAGUGGGGCUUCACCUGCGGGCCGGACCAUGACACAGAACGGCUCGCCGGUGGCAGCGGCCAACGGAACCUCCAGGGUCAAGACAGACGAGCUGAAGAUCGUGAUUGUGGGAGACGGAGGCUGUGGGAAGACCUCACUGCUCAUGGUCUACGCCAAAGGAGACUUCCCAGAGAAAUAUGCCCCGUCUGUGUUUGAGAAGUACGUUACCACGGUGUCCCUUGGUGGGAAGGAGAUUCAGCUCAACCUGUACGACACGGCAGGGCAAGAGGACUACGAUCGCCUGAGGCCUCUAUCCUAUCAAAAUGCAGACAUGGUGCUGGUGUGCUAUGAUGUGAUGAACCCCACCAGUUACGACAACGUCAUGAUCAAGUGGUACCCCGAGGUCCAUCAUUUCUGCCGAGAUGUUCCUCUCAUUCUGAUUGGAUGCAAGACAGAUCUCAGGAAAGACAAGGAGUACACCAGGAAGCUCAAGGCCUCCGGUCUGGCCCCCAUCACGUACAUGCAGGGGGACGAGACUCGGCAGCAGAUCCAGGCUGACCUCUAUCUCGAGUGUUCUGCCAAGUACCGCGAGAACGUGGAGGACAUCUUCUGCGAGGCCACCAAGAAAGCACUGGCCGUCCGCCGCAAGAACAGGCAGAAGAAGAAGAGGAAGAACUGUUCUAUCCUGUGACGGAACCAUGAUCACAUGGAACCAUAAAGAGCCAAAGGACAUGUUCUCAUGCUAAUAGCUCAACGUUUAAUGCACACAGACUUUUGCAAAGCACCCAUGUGCUUGUUGACAAAUCAUGUGCAUAGGUACUUGCAUAGUAUAUUUGAUCAGUUAUUUUUUGACAUGUCUCUCAGGAUUUGUAUUAGAGAAAACCUUGCUGUUAUGAUGCUGCCCUGUACAGUGCGUGUUGACACUCUGAGGUCUUAUGGUGUUAUGAUGUUGAGAUGCUCAGGCUUUCUGUGGUUGGGUUUAUAAAUGACCAUGCAGCGGAGGUCUUUCUGUGGUUGGGUUUAUAAAUGACCAUGCAGCCGAGGGUCACCUUUGCGUGCAGAUCUCACAGCUGCACAACCUUUCACUCUCACAGAAGAGCUUGAUGCAAGGAAGGAGGAGGAGAAGAGGAGUGCAGAGGUGCUGGAGCCUUCGUCUACCACACAGGGAACUCUGGGAUAUCUGCCACACAGGGAAGUCUGGGAUAUCUGCCCCACAGGGAACUCUGGGAUAUCUGCCACACAGGGAACUCUGGGAAGUCUGCUGGGUCUCAUAUGUUUAUGCUGCUAGUACCAGAGAAUGGGGUGUGUGUGGGCAGCCCAUACAAUAGACUCAUUACUCACAUGAGUAGAGUUCUCUGUAGGAUCACACUUGUGUCGAACUGGUAGCAUCUGAAACUGAUGGGUACGUUAAUUGCACAAACUUUGUCUAGGACAAUAACCACUUCUUUCACUCCAAAAUUCAUUUUUAUUUUCUUUUGCACAACCCACAGCGGACAGCAGAUUGAAUGCUUACUUUUUUGUUUGUUGUUUUUUUUUUUUAGAUAAUAAAAGGAUUUUGUACAUA